UUCAUGUUGAUCAGUCUAGCAUAAGUCUCCCUAGAAAAAACAAUCAAAAACUUUAUCCAGAUAUACGUAUAUAAUAUAUUUGUGGGCUGAAAAACAAGCUAACAUCGCAAAUCAAAAUGAAUACGAUCGAUCAGAAGAAAGCAGUCCGUCGAAUCCAUUCGUGUGGCAAUAACUACUAUAAAAUGUUGGAUGUGCCUCACAAUGCCACAGAAGCUCAAAUAUUAAUGUCCUUCAAAAAGAUGGCCAAGAAAGUACAUCCAGAUAAAAAUUUCGACCCCAGAGCCACUGAGACCUUUCAAGCCCUUCUUAAGGCUAAAAAUGUCUUAUUGGAUAGUACCAUGCGCAAAGAGUUCGAUCAAAAACUACGUUGCAGCUAUGGCGAGACCAGGUGGAAUCGCAGGGGCAAUAGCAAGCGAAGUGGCGGAUCAAAUGGUGGAUCAAAUGGCGGACUCGACGCCGGACGUAAUGGCGGCCGAUUCUCGUUGUUCAAACCUCAAUGGACCUUUAUCGUAUUGAUAAUCUUUGUCUUGAUGGCCUAUCUCUUCUCUAUUCCCAGCUAUUGUCUGAAUAGCUCUGAAGAAGUUUCCAGUAAAGUAGCCCGACCACUAACAUAAAGGUUCCAUUUUAUUUAGCACAGAACCGGGACUGCUUCACGAAAUAUAAACCUUUGGGAAACCUGUGGGAAAUAAUGGUCGAAAACAAUUUUUGGAAUACUAUGCGGGAUGCAUGCAAUGUUGAGAUGCAUUACCGUGAUACCUUGUUGGAGUAUGCUCCCAAAAUGCAGAUGCCGUCGUGUGACAAGCUGGACUUUUUUACAAACGGAUACUAGUUUUCAUAUAAUUUUCUACUUCGUCCUACUAAAUUGAUUUUCGAUAACUAAAUAUGCUAUAAGCUCAGUUGAUGAUAA